GCCAGGGUGGUGCCCUCUCCACGGCACGUGCCGUUUCAUCGGCCGCUUCGAUCUCUUGCCGCAGGCUGGGAAGGAUCUUUGGUGGUUGAUGCGGACGGCAGCCUUUGGGGGGGCGGCAGCAAUCGUGGCCAAUGCUUGUCAGAAGAGCUGAGUGACGAGCAAGUGCCGCUCUCACGGCUUGACAUUGCAGAGCUUGAUGGUGUGCCCUUCGAAGCAGCUCAGAUGGGUCGAGAUCACAUUCUCGCAGUUCUAGAAGGUGGCCGGGCGGUGAUCUCCUGGGGUCCUUCCAACGAGUUUGGGCAAAUCGGACAUGGGCUCCCGUAUCGCUCGCGGGUGCGUCCUGGCGUGGUGCACUUGGGUGGCGUGCUGGUGAAGCAGGCCGCCUGCGUCGAGUCGGGCAUCUUGAUCAGUACUGGUACCAGAUCUUACAUGAUAUCAUAUCAUAUCGUUGCGUGA